AUUUGAUUAUUCUAGUUUAGCUAUUGAAUUCGUUUAAUGGGAAAUAUGGAACGUAAAGGUUGUGAUUUAAGAAGCGAAGAACAAAAGACUCGAGUACAAAAGACUCGAGUUAAGAAGUACAAUUGCAGUCGAAGAAAAGGAAUGAAAUCUUGCGGACUAUUUGCUAGUGGUGCGGAUAACUCAGGAGACGGUUCUAAACAGAAAAGUUCUGAACUUGUAGCUCAAAGUAGGAUUAAGCGAAAGAGAGAUGUUUUAUUGUUUUUAGAAAGUUUUUCUCGGUGGCCAGAUAUCCAUGAUCAACCAGCUGAUUCAAUUUAUGUUGAACCAGAUUUCAACCAAACUGUAACCUCAUUCCUGAAAAGUGCUCUUGAAAGUUUUUAUCUCUUAGAACAAAAGUCCUCUCUUGGCUACACGGCCAAGCGCAUAGCUGGCCAUGCCAGAUCCUAUAUUUUGGUCAUUGGAGAGAUGGAUCAGCUGAAACUUUAGUAGAAGAACGGGAACAAGUCUUUUCUACUUUU